AUGGAAGGGAUAAAACACAAGACGAUUAAUGUGAACGGAAUAAGCAUGCAUGUAGCAGAAAAGGGGGAGGGACCGGUGGUUCUAUUUCUCCACGGUUUCCCUGAGUUUUGGUACACUUGGCGUCACCAAAUCACAGCACUUGCGGACUCAGGCUACCGUGCUGUGGCACCGGACUUACGUGGGUAUGGAGAUACAGAAGCUCCGGCGAGCAUCACGAGUUACACAUGUCAUCAUGUGGUUGGGGAUCUGGUGGGUCUUAUAAAAUCUUUGGGAGAGGAAAAAGUGUUUCUUGUAGCACAUGACUGGGGAGCCUUAAUAGGAUGGUAUUUGUGUUUGUUUAGACCUGAUUUGAUCAAAGCUUUCAUUUCAAUUACUGUUCCAUUCAGACCUAGACUUCUUAAUAUUAAACCUGUUGCGGCCAUGCGUGCGUUCUUUGGAGAUGAUUAUUAUAUGUGCAGAUUUCAGGUACCAGGGGAGAUUGAAGGUGAGAUAGCUGAGUAUGGAACCCGUCAAGUACUAAAGAAGAUCCUAACCGAUCGUAUUCCAGGCCCCCCUCUCCUACCCAAGGGUAACCCUUUCGGCAUUUCUAACGAUUUUCUUUCCUCCACAUUACCUUCUUGGCUUUCGGAGGAUGAUCUAAGUUUCUAUGCCGACAAGUAUGACCAGAAAGGCUUCACUGGAGGACUCAAUUACUACCGAGCUUUAGAUUUGUAA